AUGAUACUUCCACGCUCUUCGUACCCACUCCAAGGAGUAUACUACUUUCUUACAAACUGGAGUCUAGUUCGGAGAAUAAUUUGUGUUCUCUUUCUAACAUUAGUAGUAGCACUUCUUGCAUUUGGACUGUCGUUUGCGUUUCUACUUCGUCUACAAGCAAUUGGGCUCUCCGAUGUCGGAGUUCCUGCAUGGUUAUCAUGGAUACUUUCGGUGAUUCUAUGUAUUAUAGAAAGUGCGGUAUUCACUUUGGUUUUUUAUUUAAUUGCUACUCCGAUUUGGCAAGACGCGUUGUUUGACCAGGUGUUGAGGCUGAAAGGAUUAUCGCGGGUGUUGGACGAACGAGAAAGAAAUGUUUCCGAUCUGACAUUGUGUUGUCGUGGUUUCUCGGCUGGGUUGACUUUGGUAGUGUUUCAGAUCUAUACGUUGAUAAUUGUGGAGACUUUUAUGAUAAUUCUCACAUUACCAUUACAUCUGAUUCCUGUAUUGGGCACUUUCCUCUAUUGUUAUGUUAACGGGUGGGUACUGGCUUGGGGCCACCAACUACAUUAUCAUCUCGAAAUCAAACAAUGGACAUUAAGCCAAUCACGAAAAUUCGCGUGGCAACAACGAGAUGACUUUCUAAUGUUUGGUACGGUGGCGGUCGCGUUGGAGAUGAUCCCAAUUGCAAACUUCUUGUUUGUUUGGACGAAUGUUGUUGGUGCUGCGUUGUGGACUGCUGAUGUUAUAAUCGAUGAGCAGAAGCGUUCGGGUACCAGUGAUGCUGAUAGCAGAAGGGGGUUAAACAGCUCUAGCGGAGUUGGAUCUGGUUAUGUUGCUUAUACCGCUUCACCCAUCGCUUCACCUAAAUCUUCGGGUGUUGUGUCAUAUCAAGCAAUUACUUCGAAUCAAUGA